AUGCACGUCUCGACAAACGUGGCCAUCACCACGGCCACCGUAGGCACCGGGGCGGCUACGGGAAUUGUGCUCGUUUUAUGCGCCCAAAUCGUCGCCGACAUCAACGAGUUCUCCCUGCAGGCCAACGACGAUUUUCAGGAGUUCCAGAACUUUGCGGACGACGCCUGGGGCUCGAUGGUAGAGCAAAUCGCAACGGCAAAGGAUACGGAGCACCUGGAGAUGAUGGAUACCCGGGCCAGCCGGGCCAGAAAGGGCUCAGCGGAUAUUCCGGGGGAGCCGAAGGGCCGGCUGGACGUCCUGGACAUGAUGGUCGAUCUGGAAACCGAGGAUCGCCGGGACGGCGUGGGGAUAGAGGAGAACGCGGAGAGCCAGGUGACGAAGGAGCACCAGGAGCCCCAGGCCGGCCCGGCCAGAUUGGAGCCCCUGGAGCCGAUGGGAGAAGAGUACGGAUUUGCC